UUUCAUCACAGUAUAACCAUGGCUGCCACAUAAACAGUGGGUCAGACUAUGUCAGGGACCUUGUCAAGAAGUGGACCACGGAGUUCUCUUUACAUGAUAUCUCAGAACCAGAUGUCAGUGCAGAAAUAAUCAUUGCUCACGUACUUGGCCAUAAAACGCUACACCGUGUUGACCAACAUACAACACUUACAUCAUCGGAAGUCAGUCAAGUAAACAGGCUCUGUCGACUGCGGCUAGCAAGAAUGCCAGUACAAUAUAUUAUAGGAGAAUGGGAUUUUCAUGCUCUCACUUUGAAAAUGAAGUCACCAGUUCUUAUUCCUAGACCUGAGACUGAGGAACUAGCAAGCUUGUGUGUGGCCACUUUAAAUCAGAGUGAACAUUUGUUGAAUUCACAUUUUCUGGAGAUUGGUGUGGGCACUGGUGCCGUUUCCAUAUAUUUACUCAAGAUGCUUAAACAGUUGCAAGGCAUUGCUUUAGACAUCUCCCCGCACGCCUGUCAACUGACUUCAGAGAAUGCAGAAAAUGUUGGUGUCCUUGGUCGAUUGCAAGUGAUUAAAGGAGAUUUUAAUAACAGUAUUGUUUUUCAGCAGCUGAAGAAGCUUGGGCCCUAUUCUCUUAUUGUCAGUAACCCACCAUAUGUUCCAAGUGAUGAAAUGACAAAUCUGCAGCCAGAAAUAAUACGGUAUGAAGACCAUGGAGCUUUAGAUGGGGGCCCUGAAGGCAUGAAUCUCAUUAGGCAGAUUGUUUUGAAUGCUGGAGAUUUGUUGGAUAAAAGAGGCCACAUGUGGUUAGAGGUAGCUCCUCAUCACUCACUGUGUAUCCAGAACGUUCUCGAAGAAAGUGAACACAGCAGAACACUGACCCUUGUGGAAACUGUGAAGGAUGUGUUUGGAAAAAACAGGUUUUGCCAUCUUCAGAAGUGUUAA